AUGUUUACUAAUCGUUUUUUAUUUAUUCGACGUUUACCCACAUCCAUCAUUGUCUGGCGUCAUAAUCUAAUAAAUCCUAUAACUCAAAUAUCAACAUCUCAUUCUCAAGAACUUUACAAUUGGAAUGUAGCAAUGACACAAUCAAAUAAACGUAAAACACCUAAAAAUACACUUGCAUUGUUCGAUAAAUUAAUAACUCAACAUCCAGAUAUAACACCUGACUUUAUUACUUAUCUUCUUGCCUUGAGUGCUUGUAUACGUUUGGGUAAUUUGGAUGAAGGAAAACGUAUUCAUGAAUAUAUUCGACAAAGAUGGUCAACAACAGUUGAAAAAAAUGAAGAAAUUAAAAUACAUACAUGUCUUGUUCAACUUUAUGCAACAUGUGGUGAUUUAAAAACAGCUGAAGAAAUUUUCUAUAAAGAACAUCUUAAUCAACAUGCUAUCCCAGUAAAUACUUUAAUGAAAGGUUAUGUAAUAAAUAAUCGAGCAGAUUUAGCUGUUCAACUUGCUGAACGCUUACCAAAGAAUGAACGAAAUAUUGUUACAUUUGUUUUAUGGGCAAAUGCCAUAGCACAAAUAGGUGAUAUACAAAUGGCUGAUCGAAUUCAUAGAGAAUUAAAUACUUUAUCGUCUUCAAUUCGAGCUUUUUUUGCUCAUGAUCGUAGAUUAAUUAAUGCAUUGAUUGAUAUGGAUGGAAAAUGUGGAAAUGUUAUUCGAAUGGAAGAAACAUUUAAAAAUAUGAAACAACCAGAUGUUAUCUCAUAUACAGCUAUGGCUAAAGCGUAUAUUGUCAAUAAUUUACCUGUAAAAGCUCUUGCUGUAUAUGAUCAUUUAAAACAUACUAAUCAAAUUGGUUGUGAUGAAGUUAUUUAUUUAGUUGCAUCAAAUGCAGCUGGUAAAUUAGGUUUAUUAUAUCAUGCUCGUUCAAUUCAUAAUGAUAUUAUAUCAAGUGGAAUACCAUAUGAAACGAAUGAGAAAAUUCUCAAUACCCUAAUGGAUACAUAUGGAAAAUGUGGAGAUUUAAAUUCAGCUAGAGAAAUUUUUGAUCAAUUGAAAAUAAAAAGUAAACCAAGUAUUUCAUCAAUGAUUAAUAUAUAUGGAAUAAAUUCUCAUGCAUUAGAAGCUGUUGCUUUGUUUUAUGAAACAAAAAAUAAUUUAUCAGGAAAUAUUCAAUCAAUAUUGCUUAGUGUUUUGACUGCUUGUGCUCAUGGUGGUCUGAUAAAAGAAGCACAAAAAAUAUUUGAUGAUAUUCCUAAUGAUAAACGAACAGUCAAAAUGUGGAAUGCGCUUGUUGAUGUUUAUGGUCGUGCUGGUCAAUUAUCUGAAGCUCAUUCAAUUAUUCGUCUAUUUGAAAAAAAUCAUCCACGUGCACCUGUUCUAUAUAUUUCUCUUUUAGCUGCUUGUCGUAUACAUAAAAAUGCUAAAUUAGCACUUGAAAUUCAUGAUGAAUUAAUGGAAUCGAAUAUACCAUUAACGGAUGAUCAACGUUCAGCUAUUGUUGUAUUAACAGCAAAUGUUUAUUCAUCAGUUGGUGAUCAUAAUCGUUCAUUACUUCUUCGACAAAAUUUAUAUCGUGAUAAAAUACCAAAAUAUUCUGGUGUAACAUGGACAGAAAUCAAUGGAAUCAUGUAUGAAUUUUAUGCUCAAGAUGUUCGACAUCCACGAUCAAAAGAAAUUUAUGAACAAUUAGAGAUUUUACAUGAACAAUUAAUAAAAUUAGGCUAUCAACCUAAUGAAAGUGUUUUGACAAAAAACGAAAUAAAUGCUGAAUGGAGUAUAUAUGGACAUUCAGAACGAUUAGCUAUUGCAUUUAAUUUAAUAUCAACACCACCUGGUACAACAAUACAAUUAACAAAAAAUUUACGAAUGUGUAUUGAUUGUCAUGAAGUAUCAAAACUUAUUGCUCGAUUAACACAAAGAGAAAUUAUUGCAAGAGACAAACUAAGAAUACAUUAUUUUACUAAAGAUGGUCGUUGUUCAUGUGAUGAUCAUUUUUAA